AUGAAUGGAGGCGGCGAGAGUAAUCAUGUUUUUCCAUGGGAAAUAGAUGAUGUCUGGUCAUACCUGAAUAUGAAUGACAAUCAAAUUGGGAGUGGAGCGAUGUUUGAGGGUGACAUGAUGCCAGAUCCACUUAGAUUUGAUACUUAUCACCCGUUAACUGUUGUUAAUGAGGUGGUUGGAUCGAGUACUAAUGUUGCUAAGAGGAGAAGUCCCCCCAACUCAAAAAAGAACGGUAAGAAAAUUGUUGAACCAAAAUCCAGUGCUGAUGGAGUCGGAUAUAGAGAAGGUUUAGAGCAUGAGAUACACAUAUGGACAGAGAGAGAAAGGACAAAGAAAAUUGGAAUCUUGUUCGAGACGCUCCGUGCUUUGAUUCCUAAUAUCUCUGCUAAGGCUGAUGAGUGCACCAUUAUUGAUGAAGCAGUGAACCACAUCCUAAAGCUGAAGAAUACUUUUGAGAAGCUUAAACAGAAAAAGCUAGAUGAUCUUCAAGAAUAUAACAUAAGAUUGAUGAGUUCACAGAAAUUUCCAGAUGUUGGUAAUAGUUGGGAGAAUUAUUUGGGUGAUCAAGGAACGACGAGUAAUUCAUCUUUUAUUAAACCAAAAAUUCAUGGUGCUACUCCCCUUAUGGUGAAUAAUAAUAUUCCAACAAGUUUUAUGACGUGGAGUUCACCAGAUAUGAUACUAAACGUUUGUGGUAAAGAUGCACAUAUUAGUGUGUGUUGUCCUAAGAAACUAGGGCUAUUUACCUUCAUUUGUUACGUUUUGGGGAAACACAAUAUUGAGAUUGUGUCUGCUCAAGUUUCAUCUGAUCAAUCUAGAACCAUGUUCAUGAUCCAAGCUCAUGCUAAAUGUGGAAAUGACAUUGCUCAAUUCUCCGAAGCACCCACAGUGGAAGAAAUAUACAAGCAAGUUGCAAUUAGGAUAAUGUCCUUUGAAACCCCUAAAUGAUCGGUAUCCAUUUCAUCAGUCAAAUUCAACAAGGGUUAUCAUAUUUAGUUUCAAAGUUCAUCCGGUUGAGGAUGGAUGGUUGUUAUCAUAAAGGCCAUGAUAUAUACUUUUGCAGUUUAUCCAGUAGAGGAUGAAUGUUGUGGCCUUAAAGACUAUUUUUUUUUAUUUCUAGUUUGUCUGUCGCCGUAUAGGCAUACUUUUAUUCAUCAGAUAAAUGAUGAAUGGGUGUAGCCGUAAUGGUUAGUUAAUUUUAUUUACUUUUGUACUUCCUGUGAAGGAGAACGUCUGUCACCGAGUCGGAAAAAUGA